CCCUGCUUGUCUCCUCGUUCUUUCCGGUUCUUACGACAGAGACUGCUGUCUAGGAGCCGCGUAGUAGUAAUUACAGAGAGACUUUAAGCUUCUGUGGAGGCGCGGGGCCCAGCAGCAGCUCCCUGGAUGCUUCCUAUUUGUGCCGUGGUUGUCUCCGGCCUUGCGGAACCCGCAGCCCGACCGGCCGGGUUUCCAUGGGGACACUGAUUGUACACGGACGUUGUGGCGCGGCAGUUUAAUUCUCCGGCGGCGGCUGAUUGAGCGGGACGAGAUGGUCUUGACGGGGCUCAUCAGGAAACUCGGUCAUCAGCUGGCCGAGAUCAGGGAACGUGCUCUCAAGAAUAUCCUCUGCAAGGUUGAGCACAACUUACUCUGCUGUGAAGAUCUAGUUCAGGAGAGGCUGCUUUUUCAACGUUUGCUGGAAUGGUUCAAUUUCCCGUCUGUUCCAAUGAAAGAAGAGGUUCUCAGCCUGUUGAGCAGAUUGGUUAAGUAUCCCUCAGCAGUCAAGCAUUUGGUUGACCUUGGUGCAGUUGAAUUCUUAUCUAAACUUCGUUCUAAUGUGGAGCCGAAUCUACAGGGUGAAAUUGAUGGCAUUCUGGACGGACUUUUUAUUCUUCCUUCAGAUGAUCCUGCCCUAUACUCUGCGUCUUACCAAACCAAACAAACUGAAUUGCCACAACAACCUGAAAUCUUAAUAGGAUAUUUUCCUCAAGACAAAAGUAAUUUCCAGCAGACGGAAGUGUCUCCACGACCAAUGGUAAAUCAGACUGUGAAGUGUUUGAAGUUUUCUACAUUUCCCUGGCUCCCCCUGACUACAACAGAUAGACAUGUUCUCUCUUCUAACGAAAGCUCUUUAAGAAGUAGUAACCACACUUUAAUCUGGAAUACCUGUGAACUAUUGAAGGAUGUUAUCAUGCAAGAUUUUCCUGCUGAAAUUUUUCUUCAAAGGCCAAAAAUUGUUCAGAGCCUUUUAUCUCUGUUAAAACUGGCCUUUGGAGGAGACGGAAAGCAUCGCCUGGCCUUACAGUCCGUGUCCUGUUUGCAGCAGCUGUGCGUGUAUUUAAGAAACAGACUGAACUUUCACCGUGAUCCAGGUUUUUUCUCUAGUAAACAAGGGCUUGAACUCACAACCUCGAGAUCAAAAAGUUGCAUCCUGUACCAACUGAGCCAUCCAGAUACAGUUUCCCAAAAUUCUUCUUUGUCUUAUUGUCAUGAAGCUAGAGUUAUUCAUCAUUCCCAGAAUCCUUCUCCAGGAAGCAGUAGCCCCCGGCCUUCUGUGGUUGGACGCACAGGUCAGCGACCCAGGGGAGACGGUCAGGAUUGGGACGCAGUGUCUUCCAGUGGGAGCGGGAGUCAUGCUCCUGUCAACUCCAGGGUAUCUGUGCCUUCACCUGUGGACGUGGUGCACAUAGACCUGCCGGAGCUGGAGACCGAAGAUGCGCUGGAGCUGCAGUUCCUCCAGCUCAGUCUUCCCCAGUUCUGUGUCUCUGUUCUGGAAUCAGCAGUUCCUCUCUUAAGAACAGGUAGUAGACAAAUGAUAAUAAGGGUUCUGGAAUUGCUUGCAGAGGAUGUGAUACUUAUUGGUGAAGCAAUUUCAGCAGAUAUCUGGGAUGACAGCAGCCUCUUUGCUAUAGAUAUGAAAGAGAAGCUGCUCAUGGUGCUGGCAUCCCUGGGAGAUGCCAUGUGCUACCAUAAAAGUGGUGCCAGUUCAGACCAGCCGGAGGCGGUGCUGGUGCAUCACCGGAUGGCCUUUGUGAGCACUUCUCUGUUCGCGGUCCGAGUCCUGCAGGCGCUUCUCCCUGUUGAAAAGGCAAGCCACUUUUUACCAGAGCCUUUGUCAGCAGCAUUAUUUUUAGUUUCUUUGGACAUGCCUAUUUCUUUGGAAUAUCCAAAUAUUCACGAAGCUGUUGUGGCAUAUUUGGAACAGCUGAAUUCUGAAAACUACAGUAUUUAUAAACGAACUGCGGAGGCUGUUUAUUCAAUCGAAUGUACCUGUAACUUCCUGUCUGAUAUUGGGAAGGAGGGAGAGAAGAAUCUCUUAGAAUUAGUGGAGCUGGCAGACCAAGCCUUGCGAAGCUUUUCCUAUCAUCAGCAUUUCCCCCUAAUAAAGGAAAUCAUCUGCAUGUGUUCAAAGAUCUGGAAAUCUGCACAGGCCAGUCCAUUACUUCAAGGAGAAAGUCAGAAGGUGUUUCUUCGAAUGUUAUCUCACCCAUUACUGCAAGUGAAAGUUGAAACUUACAACUGCUGUUUGGAAAUUAUUAAGGAAUGUUUAGGUGUCCAUAAUGUCACUAAACCUGUGUCUUCACUUUGCAAUGGAAUUCAUUUUCUACUUCACCCGAAAGUUCUGUAUGAAAUCUCUGCAUUUGGCAUUCAGGAAUCCAAAAGUGAGGUGAACGCCGCUGCCAAGGCCAUUCUGAUGUAUCUGCUGCAGGGACGACUGAUGAUGACAGCGGUGACCUGGAGCAAGUUUAUUGAGUCUCUGUGUCCUGUCAUUCCCGUGCUGCAGGGCUACGCGGACACCGAAGAGCCUCUGGGAAAAUGCGUCCUCCUCCUGAGCAGAGCGAGCCCCGAGGCGGACGAGGGGGCUCUUCCGGGCACCGCGCACCUGAGGGCCCUGCUGCGGCUCCUGCUCGUGAAGAAGCCGCCGGUCCGUUCACUAGCAUUAAAGCUUUUAGCGUGCCAUCUUACAAGGGAAGACGGGGCUCAUGUAAAGCGCCCUUCAAUAGAUGCCAGACUUCUCUCCAGAGUUACUAAUUUAUUUAUCGUGAAGAAACCUAUUGAACUCAAAUUGGAUGACAGAAAAGAACUGAUUAUUAAGUUGGAGACUGUUGAAAAGGUAUAUGAAAUCUUUACCUCAGAUGAUAUCGAUCUUGUCUUGAGAAAGUCAGCUGCAGAACAGUUAGCUGUGAUUAUGCAAGAUAUUAAAAUGCAUGCUGUGGUGAAAAAGUUAUGCUUAAUUGACAAGAUAAUUGAAUAUUUAAAUGAAUGUGUAUGUCAGGAUGGUGAGGUUGUAGAGUGCUUGAUCCAGCCGUGCCUCACGCUUUUGAGGAAGGUUCUUUGUGCUGACCCGGUCAUGCGUGUGGCCCUUUCACAACAGUCUUCUCUCUUAACCCUGUUAUUCAGAGUUUCCCUGAUAUUUCAUGAAGAUUGUACUGUUGUGACUGAAGUCGGAGCAUUAUUUUGUCUUCUCUUAUUUGAUGAAGUAUCAAGAAUGGAUAUGUGGUCUAUUAAUCCUUCUGAUAAACCUUCUUCACCACCAGUCUUCAGUUUGCCUGUUUCAGUUUUUAGAAGGUAUCAUCUACCAGUGCAUGUAGUUGGCCACCAUGCUGUGAGUCCUUACUCCAUAGUUUUGCCAUUAUCUGCUGAUUGUUUGGCCUUGAAGCCAGUCUCAGACAUGCUGAGAAUAGCUUGGAACUUGUCCUGGUAUCAUGGGAGUGAAAAUCUUUUGAAGCAAAUGAAUUCUGAACCUAAAAUCAAAGAGUGUUCAGACACGUUGAAACUAUCCACAGAGGAUACCCUUGCUCUGAAGGUGACGCACACAGCUAGUGGCCUGAGGGACUGUCUCCAUUCCGUGGUCGAGGCUGCAGCCCACAGGGAAGUGAGGGCUGCCAUCACGAGAAUGAGUUUUUAUCUUCUGAAUGACAGAUUGUCUUUAAAGAGCGGCACCGGCCCCUGUGGGCUGACCUUGAAGUCCUUGGCCUGGCACACUACACUGAACAGGUUUCUACAAGUGCUUCCUGCUUGCACUGAAGAUGAGAAACUGCUAAUAGACAUCAUACAUUUUUUAAAUAAGCUAUUGAAGGAACAAAGGAAAAACUCAUCAGUAGAACUUCUAAACUGGCUUCUAGAAUUACUUCUUAGACAUAGUCCAAACCCACUGUUAGACCUGCUGGUUCUGACGGAGUCACAGGCACGAGAGGAAACAGAUGACAUCCGGACCGCUGUCAGGCAACAAGUGCAGAAAGAACUGGUUGCUCUUUUCAAUACCUUGCUGCUCAGUUUCAUGGCAGUUACUGACAGGAAAUGCUUGGAACUUCUUCACGUUUUCCAGACACAGCUGGCUCUGAGACUGCUCCAGAGCCUGAGAGUCACUGAUGCCCCUCACUUCUAUGGCCUGCCUUCCCUCGAGAGGACCUUACGAGGGAUGGCUCACCUCACGGCAUCUCCGGGAUGGAGCUCACACUCUCCUCUCACAAAGCCAUUUGAAAUUUGUGUCAAGUACUUGUCAGGUCUUCUUGAAGUCAUUACUUCCUUUUACGUGGAGCGUGGAGGAAAUGCGAUGUCCUUUAUGGGAAAAGGGGUCACCAAGAGCACAAUUCUUUGUUUGCUUCACUUAUCCCACGAGAUGAUGGCCCAAGCCCAGAGCUCGGAGUGGAUGUCACUCUGGUUCUUGCCUCUGGGGAGUCACAGCGAAGACCAGACCCCUACUCAGCAAGGAUUGGCUUGGUUGAUUCCAUUAUGGGUUGAUCGAGACCCAGAAGUGAGGUUCACUUCACUGGGAUUAGGAUCGGCACUGACCACCCUUGAAACAGGUUGUGUGGCCUUGGCAAACAGCUGUCAGAACAUUUCUGGUGGGCUCUGGGGGACUGUGGUGAACAUUCUUCUGGACCAGUCGGAAUGCAGUAUGGUGCGCAGGGAGGCUGCAUUUAUUCUUCAGAAUCUCCUUGUAAUUCCAAUGCCUUCAGUAAUUUUAAAGGAUUAUACUUGGCAGGGCCCCUGUGUCCACGAUGAGGAUUCUGGUGUAUCGCUCGUAGGAAAACCUGCCCUUCAGGCUCUUUUAUAUCACUGUCAUUUUUAUGAACAUUUGAAUCAGAUGGUAAAACAUUGUUACCUGGGACGGUAUACUUUUGAUUUGAAAUUUUCUGCUCUUGAUGGAACUUCAGAAGGCAGUGAUUUCAAUGGUUUAGAUGAUUCAUUCAAGUUUUGGAGGGCUCCAUCUAGGUUGUCCAGCCAAGAUCAAGAUCCAAGUUCUCUCUCCACCGUGGAAACAAUGGUGGCAUCUUCAUCGGGAAGCACUGAAUUUCCACCAUUUGGGCCCUCCACAGCGCCUCUCCCUGAAGCCUCACACGACCAGUUUGUGGCUCAAGUAAUCGGUCAGCACGAAACCGCGUCGGCACGGCUUCCUCGCGACGCGUCCCUUCCUGCCGCUCUGCCCAGGCAGCGUGUGGUGACGCCGCCUCUCCUCGCGGCGGUGUGCAGCCUCCUGGACGGCCUCCUGGCGACUGCGCCGGGAGACACUGCACGUGCUUUUCGGCAGGCCCGUCUCGUGGAGCUUCUCUGUAGCAUCGCAGAUGCCACACUCCUAGAGAGCUGUGUCCAGGAGCUCAAGGCGCCACUGCCUUUGUCCCCUCCCGCUGAGCACACGCAGGCUCAGGUAUCCUCUCUCCUAGAAUACCUGUCGUCUUUGUCCAGGCUUCUGCAGUCAUGUUUACUGGUAGAUCCUGACCUUGUGAUUCAGGAAGAGCUUCUGAAACCUCUUACCACAAACAUCAUCAGGGUCCUCACCAUAUGCAUCAAAGAUGUGUUAGAUGUAGAGUUGGUAUCAGCUUUUUAUCACACAUGGACGCAUUUAUUUAACCUUCUGGCCGUACUCCUGAGGAAAGCCGCUCUUGCCUCUCUCCCGGCUAUGACAGUGGUUCUGGCCAAGCACUGGGCAGCAGUGAUCGAUAUGUUGUGCACUUGUGUGGGUUUGUCUAUAACCUGCCCCACCCUGUGUACUGCCAGCCUGCAGUUCCUUUCUGUCCUCUUGACUGAAGAAGCAAAGAGGUGUCUCCAGGAUAAGGAUAAAACAAAUUUAUGCCACAGUCCAUCAAUCACUUCACUCCUUGACAAAACUCAGGAAAAUCAGAAAUCUCUAGAACGACUUAAUGAAGUAAUUCUUCAGUGCUAUGAAGGAAAACCCUCCAAGGAUGUCCUGAAAAGAGUUGCUGCAAAUGCAUUGAUGUCACUUCUGGCUGUCAGUAGGAGAGCUCAGACACAUGCUUUGAAAGCUGAUCUAAUAGACAGCUGCAUGGAGCAGAUGAAGCACAUCAGUGCACAGCUGAACCUCGAUUCUCUCAGGCCCGGGAAAGCAGCGCUGAAGAAACAGGAGGACGGUUUUAUUAAAGAGUUAAGCAUUGCCAUGCAGCUCCUAAGAAACUGUCUUUAUCAAAAUGAAGAAUGUAAAAAAAUACUGCUGUUGCUGGGCCCGGCCCUGUUCACCUGGGGGAGCUUCACAGCCAGCCCUUCUGGCUUCUUGUGCCCAGUGACUCCGCCCCUCUGCCUGGGAACCAUCGAGAUGUGCUGCUGUGUCUGGGAGCAUUGGUGCUGUCACUUAGAACACCACGGUAGGAACUGUUAGGCAGGUUAUAGUGUUUUGGGUGCUUUGAUUUGCUUUGUCAUAGUGAUACAACACUAGUUUUCACAGAGAAAUACUGUGGGAAAUGAAUAAGAGAAAGAUAAAUUACAGGAGUUUCAUUUUUAAAAACGUUCUUGUCUGUUUUGCUUUUACUUGUGAUAAAACUAGAAAAAACUUAUCUGGAAAAAGAAUAUUUUGAACAUAUUCCUUAAGCUGUGUUAAUUUGUUAAAGACACAUUGCUAGCAAUUUACAUUUCAGGACAACUUGAGAAUUGUUUAUACAUUUCACUAAAAUUCUCAAUAUAUGAACUCUUUACUCAAAAUGGAGGUAUCAUUUACUAAAUUUGUGAUCCAUUAUGGUAAAUAAUGUGCUUGCAGCUGGAUGUAGUUGAUAUUAAUCCAUGACACCUUACCCUGGUAAUACUCUGGAACCCCUUCCAGGUCAGCUCUGCUUAUAUAGAUUUAUGAGGUACUAGCUGGGUACUGAAAUACAGUGUUCACAUGUGUAUCACAUUAGCCAUCUAUGAAAAGUGUAAUCUCUCAGUAACUCAAAGCAUUUUUAUAUUUCCAAGUUGUUUAAUAAGGAAUAAAUCCAAAAAAGAGCAUAUAGAUUGCUCUUUGAGUAUAAAUACAGUCCUGUGGGGCAAAGAUUCUUAAUUUCUUUUCCUGUUCCAACUUCCUGAGGAGUAUCACAUGCUCCCAGUACUAACCGUUGGGUACGCUUUGGUAAUUCACCAAGUCACCCAUGGCUGCCUCACCCCAUUGUCUAUAUACGUGGGACAUUAGGGGUUUCCAUACUGGGAAGAUCAUGAUGGCUGGAAGGUAAAUGAACUGUGGGGAAGGUUAGAGGUCGGAGACUGUAGUAGUCAGACAGGAGGUGAUGAGCCCCGAAUUGGGGCAGAUGAAGAAGGGAAGGAGGGUGGGGAGAUACUGAAGAGAAAAGAGAAAUAUAGAGUGAUUUCCAGGCUCUACUUUAAUGCAAGUGCGCAUAAUAGAGCAGACUGUAGGCAUGAGCGAUUGUAAUGUUCAGGUUCACACAUGUUAAUAUAAAGGGUCUUUGGGACAUCCAGGUGGAAAAUGGCUGGUAAUCAGUAGAUUACAAGGGUCUGGGGCUCUGAGCAGGAUAUAGGCGGGGGAUAUUAGGAGUUACCAGUGUAAACUGUUGAAAUUUCCCAAGAGAGUAUAUACGAAAGCCUAGGUCAUAUCUGUAGAAACUAAACAUGGAAAACAACUGGGAUGGGAGUGCUGGAGAGCAUUUGGAGAUGUUCCAGGACAGAGAGGCUACAUGGAAAUGAAUUAAGAGUACAUCUUUAAUAGAUGCCACAGUGCUGAGGGUGGUCUUGGUAGCACUGUCAGGACAGAAAAUAAAUUGAACUAAGCUGAAGAUUAAGUAAGAGAUGGGAAGUGAAAGCAAUAAGAACCUUGGUCAUGAAAAGCAGCAUUAAUAAUUUAGGACAUACAGCAUUAAAGGAAGUUAGUCUAGACUGUUUGUUUCUCCUAACAUGUAAACUGCUUGAAUAUAAACAGAAGUGAGCAAACUGGGGACUAGUGGUUAAAGAGACAGGAAGAAGAGGACUGAUUGAUGGAUGAAGGUCCCUGAGAAGGUGGGGAGGCUGUGUUUCAGAAGACAGAUGGACUUCCUGACUACCUGCAAGGGAACACCUACUCCACACUUCCGGGCAGGGAGGAUGAGUAGAUGAAUAUGCAGAUAAACUAGGUGUACAGAAUGGUAGAGACGGAGCUUAUACAUAAUUAUUUCUGUCUUCGUAAUCGUGGGGCUGUGUUCCAAGCUUAUGAAGAGUGGGGUGAAUAACUAACACUGGGAAUGACUUCAGAGCUUAUGGAGAGGGUUAAACACUGGUAAUAACUUCCCACUCUCUUCUGCCAUUGAUACUGCAUAAAAUUGUAUAGGGUGUGUGUAUUUAAUAUAAAUACCUACAUGUGUGCACAUAAGGUCUAUGAAUUGCCUAGUAAUUCCUGUUCAUUUAAAAAAUUGCUCAUUACUACAGACAGAAUUUUUUUUAAUUGUAUUUAUUUUUGAGAGAGAGAGAACCCGAGUAGAGGAGGGGCAGAGAGAGAUGGAGACAGAAUCUGAAGCAGCUCCAGGCUCCAAGCUGUCAGCACAGAGCCCGAUGCGGGGCUGGAACUCACCAACCGUGAGAUUAUGACCCGGGCUGGAGUCGGACGCCUAACAGACUGAGCACUCCAGCGCCCCACUGCAAAUAGAUUUUAUACAUAAUACCGUCCUAGGG